AUGAGCAACGAUGGCGUCGGCAGUUCGAUCUCUGCUCUUUACGAGUCAUUAUCAUUUCAAUUAUUGAAUACAUCAGGCAUCGCUGCCGUUCGGCACCUGUAUCACUCUGCGCUCAUCGCUGCCCAACAGGCCUCUCCGUCUUCCCUCACAGCUUACUUUCGCUGCCUUCACCACAAUGGUUCUGUGAAUUGGGGGCAAGUAGCGUUUUUGACUACCUGCGCGAUAACCAUGGCCGGCUGUGGCUUGUUCUCGUCGCUCGUCUGGCGCAUGCGGGCGCCGGAGAAGAGGAAAUCUUCCCGACCGCGCUUUGGGUUACGCAAGGGCUCGACCAAGAGUUCUAUUAGAACCCUGACAUCCUCGGACGAUGAUUACGAGGAUGAUGAUUAUGAUAGUAAUGGCUCGUUGCGUCAUGGCACUGAGCCCCAUCGCCAGGCAACUGAGUGGUCGUCAGAGCCUCAGCAGCAGACUUCUGAUGCUUUCAAGACAGAUCCCGGUAUCCUGAGAAAGUUCACGACCUAUAACCCUUACACCACCUCUAUCGCGACGUAUCCAGCCGUUCGAACCUUUUAUAGCCCGCACCCAAACAUCAAUCGCCUCCCUGAUAAACCGUCUCCGGUUCCUCUCCUUGUGUUUAUCCACGGACUGGGUGGGUCGCUGGCCCAAUUCCACCAUCUUCUUACAAGUCUUUCCAAUGUUGGAUCAUGCUUUGGUAUUGAUCUGCCGGGUUGCGGUCUUUCCAAGUUCGCGCCCACCGAUUGGAACGCGUACACGGUUGAGGCAUUGGCCGAAUUGAUCGCCGUCGCGAUUGAGACACACCGUGAUCGAGAUCGUGGUCAGGGCGUGAUCCUUGUGGGCCACAGUUUGGGAUGUUCCCUGUCUGCUCUGCUCGCUUCGUCCACCUCUCCGAUUGGAAAGAGCCUGAAGGAACAUAUUCUUGGCGUGAUUGCGGUCUGCCCUCGUGCAUCGCCUCCAUCGGCAAAUGAAACUGCAACUUUCCGCCGCCUGCUUACCAUCCCCGAGCCUAUCUUUGACUUGUGGCGUGUUUGGGACCGUCGCGGUGGUAUCGAGAGCACAAGCGUGAUGCGGAUGGUUGGCAGCCAUGCGGACGAGGAGACUCGAGGUCUUCAGGUUCGUUAUAAUAAGCAGAGUCGGACUGCAGUCUGGCGUCGCAUGGCCUGGGGUACCCUUCCUGAUUACAAGGACGGCGAACCCGUUGGAGGUAUUCCUGGCGAGAAAGUCUGGGCUGCCAUUCACCUGCCAAUCCUGUUGGUUGCAGGCGAGGCAGACUCGGUGACCAAGCCGGUCGAGAUUCAGAAGCUCCUCCAGUUCUUUGGUGAUGUUUCCGCCCAUACCACCAUUGACACCCGCCGAAGCAGCGUCAUCCCCGACGCUUCGCGCGUUCAGGAUCAAGAACCAACCUCCUCCACAAGUCUUGCACACGAGGAAAAGUUUGGUCUCCAGCCGGCCAACAACGAGAAGGUGAUCGGACAAGCAAACACCAAUGGCACUGGCCGCAAGCGACUCGUCAAGUCGGCUAUCUUACCCGCACCCGCCUCUCAUGCUCUUCUCUAUGAUCGAGCAACAUAUCGCACACUCUCGGGCAUUAUCCAAGACUUCUUGUCUCAGCAUAUUGACAAGCGCCUGGGCCUGGGAUGGCAACUCCAGUACAUGAACACAUCAGGAAAAUGGGACGUGAAGAACCUCGCUAAAUGGCAGAAGGUUGCGCCUGUCUCUCACCCGAUCGCGAACACCUUUGCUGCAAUGAAGAUGCUUCGCGAGGUCGAUGAAGAGCACAACCCAGUGCUCUUCUCCCAGAAAUAUCGCGGCCGUAUUUACGCUGUUGUUGACAUUAGCCACGAGAGCCCGGUCUACAACCCGGCAACCAUGGAAAAGGGUGGCAUCCACUAUAACAAGCACCCGACCGUGUCCAAGAUUCCCCCGACCCCCGAUGAGGCCCGCGACUUCAUCGCGCUAGUCGAUCGGCUUCAGAAGGAGAUUGAUGAUCAGAUGGAGAAGCGUGAGGAUACCACUUUGCCCCGGCCCUUGGUCGGCGUCCACUGCCAUUACGGCUACAACCGCACUGGUUUCUUGAUUGUGUGCUACCUCAUCGAGCGUCUUGGCUUUGGCGUCCAAGAUGCCAUUGAUGAGUUCAAUCGGUGCCGUCCACCCGGAAUUCGGCACGGACAUUUCAUUGACACCCUCUUUGUUCGAUACUGCGUCGGACUGAAGAGGGCGCCAACUUUGUAA